CAGUGGAGACUGUGGAACUGUUCUUUCUUAGCUCCUGCUCCAUGAGAUCAGCUAUGGAACAUGCUCAAGAACGUGAAGCAUGUCUUGAGCAAACCCAGAGGUAUUGUGUGGAGAGACCAAUAUAUAACCAAGAGCUCUUGCAAGGGCAGCUGCACAGACGAGAAAGAGCACCUCAGACUUUAAGGCAGAAGAUUGCACAUUCUUGUCGUUGUUCUUCUAAGAAAGCCAAGUCUCAUCUUUAUCGUUUCAUACCAAUUUUAAAAUGGCUUCCCCGUUACCCAGUGAAGGAGUACUUAUUAGGAGACAUUAUCUCAGGUAUAAGCACUGGGGUUAUGCAGCUUCCUCAAGGUUUAGCCUAUGCUAUGCUGGCAGCUGUUCCCCCAGUAUUUGGCCUAUAUUCUUCAUUUUAUCCUGUCUUUCUAUAUACUUUUUUUGGAACCUCCAAGCACAUAUCAAUAGGCACCUUUGCUGUGAUUAGUAUGAUGGUUGGUGGUGUUGCUGUGAGACAAGUGCCUGAUGAAAUGAUUUCUGUAGACUAUAAUUCUACUAAUGUUACAGAUUGGCUUGAAUAUUACCAUGCUAGGGAUACCAAGAGGGUACAGGUAGCUGUGACGCUCGCCUUUCUUUCAGGAAUUAUCCAGUUGUGUUUAGGUCUCCUUCGAUUUGGAUUUGUAGCCAUCUAUCUAACAGAGCCUCUGGUGCGAGGAUUUACUACUGCUGCUGCCGUUCAUGUCUUUACCUCUCAAUUAAAGUAUCUCCUUGGCAUUAAGACUAACCGAUACAGUGGACCCCUCUCAGUUGUAUAUAGCAUAGCUGCUGUGCUUUCAAAAAUAACAACAACCAAUAUCGCUGCGUUGAUUGUUGGAUUAACGUGCAUUGUUCUGUUGUUGAUUGGCAAGGAAAUCAACCUCCGGUUUAAGAAGAAGCUCCCAGUUCCUAUUCCUAUGGAGAUCAUUGUGGUAAUUAUUGGCACAGGAGUUUCAGCUGGAAUGAAUCUGAAUGAGUCAUACAAAGUGGAUAUUGUUGGGAAUAUUCCUCAAGGGUUACGUGCACCAGCAGUUCCUGAGAUUCAGCUCAUCCCAGCAAUAUUUGUGGAUGCAAUCGCAAUAGCAAUAGUUGGAUUUUCAAUGGCUGUGUCAAUGGCCAAGAUCUUUGCCCUUAAACAUGGUUACACCACUGAUGGGAAUCAGGAACUUAUUGCCCUGGGAAUAUGCAACUUCGCGGGGUCAUUUUUCCAAAGCUUUUCAGUCACUUGCUCAAUGUCUCGAAGUCUUGUUCAGGAAAGCACCGGUGGGAAAACUCAGAUUGCAGGUGCUCUCUCUUCAAUUAUGGUUCUGUUGGUAAUUGUGGCUAUUGGAUACCUCUUUGAACCACUUCCACAGACAGUGCUAGCUGCAAUUGUCAUGGUGAACCUGAAAGGAAUGUUUAAACAGUUUGGAGAUGUCGUGCACUUCUGGAGAACCAGUAAGAUUGAGCUGGCCAUCUGGGUGGUAGCUUUUGUGGCUUCUCUUUUCCUGGGACUAGACUAUGGUUUGCUUACUGCAGUAGCGUUUGCAAUGAUAACCAUUAUUUACAGAACACAAAGCCCUCAAUACAGAAUCCUUGGUCAGAUUCCUGACACUGACAUCUACUGUGAUGUGGCAGAGUACGAAGAGGUUAAAGAAUAUCCUGGAAUAAAAAUAUUUCAAGCUAAUGCAUCGCUUUAUUUUGCCAAUAGUGAGUCUUACACAAGUGCACUGAAGAAAAAGACUGGAGUGGACCCUUGUGCCAUAUUAGCAGCAAGGAGAAAAGCCCAGAAGAGACAUGCCAGGGAAAUAAAGGCAGCAAAUGCACUCAGAAAGAAAGCUGUACUGAAACUAGUGAAUUCUUCGGCUAAUGACGUGGAAGCGAGCGUAAAACAUGAGAUAGCAAAUGAUGAGUUACCUGUAAAUGGAAAGUUUGCAUCUGCAGAUGCUAACGUACAAGACGUGUCUCCUGAUGAGCAUGAACACUUUGUGGAGCCUGAAACAAACAUCCACUCUUUAAUUCUAGAUUUCACCCCGGUGAACUUUGUGGAUUCAGUUGGAGCAAAAACACUAAAAUCGAUUAUAAAAGAAUACAAAGAAGUUGGUGUCCAUGUCUGUAUUGCCAGCUGCAGUGGCCCUGUGAUGAAUGAGCUGACAAGACUGAAUUUUUUUGACAACACUGUAACGAGAGAGUUGCUGUUUCACAGUGUUCACGAUGCCGUCCUUGCUUGCCGAGUGAAAGCCGGGUCUGCUUCACAGGCUGGAUUUGACCUCUGAAGGGUGGCAUCGAGCAGAAUGGAAGCCAGAUCUAUGCUGAUGGAGAGACUGAAUAUUUAAUUUGCACACUUUAAAGAGAGCCUGAGGCUAUUUGUAUCUACGGGUAUAGGGUGGUGCUUAUUCUCUGUAGGAAGAGUGGAUAAGGAAUUGGAAGCCUUCAUGCUCUUAAAUUUUUUCCUUCAGUCAGGGUAUAGCCUUCCAG